GGCGGGGGUUCGGUCCUUCCUUCCAGAACAGGAGAUGGAGACCAGGAUCAUUGGGGGUCAGGAGGCCUGGGCUAACUCAUGGCCCUGGCAGGUUUCUCUUCAAUUCACCUCCAUGCCGGCAUGCGGAGGAGCAGUCAUCAGUCCGCUGUGGGUCGUCUCUGCCGCACACUGCUUCAAAAGGUACAAUAAAGCUUCUUUCUGGACAGUUCUGGCGGGAAAACACGACCUGGACAAUCCUGAAGAACCUGGACAACAAGUGGUCGGAGUCUCCACAAUCGUCAGCCAUCCCAGCUACAACACUCGAACUAAAGAGAACGACAUCGCUCUGCUGAAGCUGCAGCAGCCGCUGGUCUUCAACCAGUUUGUCAGACCCAUCGACAUCUGGAUGACUUCACUGCCCAACUUCUGGAAGUGCACCAUCACCGGCUGGGGCUCCACCCGAGAGAACGGUCCUCAAGUUAACAGACUCCAGGAGGUAAAUGUGACAAUCCUGCCCCCUGAUGUCUGUAACCAGUUCUACCUCGGGAGGAUUUGGCCCUCCAUGUUCUGUGCUGGAAAAGACAGCGGAGGAGUCGACGCCUGCCAGGGGGACUCUGGAGGUCCUCUGUCUUGCUUCACUGGUAGCAGGUAUGAGCUGGCAGGUUUGGUGAGUUGGGGAGUCGGUUGUGGACGAGCCAAAAGUCCGGGAGUCUACACCAAAGUCCAACAACACACCCAGUGGAUCUCUAACACCAUCAAUGAUCAGAAUAACCUGUAUGCAGAUGACGUCAGUACUGAUGAGGACAGGUGUAGUAAGCAGAGCUCCAGCUGUGAGGAAGCUCCAGGUCUUGCUGGUCUCUCAGUGUCUCAGGAUGGUGAGGUGUCUGUGGGGAAUGUGACCGAGUCCUGUCCCUUCUUCUGGCCCUGGCAGGUCAGCCUGCAGUCCAAUGGACGCCAUUACUGCAGUGGAGUGCUGAUCCACCGCCGCUGGGUCCUCACCGCAAAACACUGCAACGUCAGAGCUAAAAAGGACAUGGUGGUUCUGGGAGUUCAUGAUCUCCGUUUCUCAUCUCAAACGGUCCCAGUGGACAAGGUCUUCAACCUGCCACAGGACAGCAGCUUCCCCCCGAAAUCUGACCUGUCGCUGCUCCGCCUCAGCGUGCCCACCAGAUUCAGCUCCAAUGUGUCUCCAGUUUGUGUCCCCGAAGAGGACAAAGAGCUCGAUGACAGCUGGUCUUGUGUCACAACCGGCUGGGGAACCACAAAAGCAACAGUGGACGUCGAUCCAGACCGGCUCCACCACGUUGGACUGACUCUGGUCAAUCAGACAACCUGCAGGAAGAAGUGGGGACGAGGACUCAUCAGUGACUCCCACAUCUGCUCACAUCCUGCCGGCUCCACAUCUUGCUUGGGCGACGCUGGAGCUCCACUGUUGUGUCGGAUGCGUGACGCCUACCUCCUGUUUGGUGUGGUCACAUGGGGCAGCAUGUGGUGUGACACAGACAAACCGGCCAUCUUCUCCAAAGUGUCAGCUUAUCACUCAUGGAUCAGUAAGGUGACUGAAGACAUCUGAAUGUUUGUGGUAAAAAAUAAACUAAUUUAACUA